AGCAGCAGCAGCAGCAGCAGCAGCAGCAGCAGCAGCAGCAGCAGCAGCAGCAGCAGCAGCGGGUAGAGGAGGUAGAGGAGGUAGAGGAGGUAGAGGAGGUAGAGGAGGUAGAGGAGGAGCAGCAAGAGGAAGAAGAGAAAGAGAGGAGAGUAAGGGAGGCAGCACGUAACUUUUUCUAUGAGGUAGAUCCUUUUUAUUACAUUUUGUAA